AUGGCCCCUGCUACCCUCAAAGUCGCCAUCGCUGGCCUCGGCCGCAUGGGUGCUCGUCAUGCACACCACUUCUAUGCCCUGACUCCCCGCGCUGAGGUCGUCGCGGCUUCUUCCCCAGUGCAACAUGAGCUGGACUGGGCCCAGGACAAUCUGGGUGGCGCCCGCACUUACCUGGACUACGAUGAGAUGCUGGAGAAGGAGCAGGCCAACGGUCUGCAAGCUGUUGUGAUCGCCUCAGCCACCAGCGUACACGCCGAGCAGGCCAUCAAGGCCAUCCGUCGUGGAUUGCACGUUUUAUGCGAAAAGCCCUUGAGCAUCAAUGUGGACGAGUCCCAAUCCGUCGUCGACGCCUACAGAGAAUCCAUCCAGCAGUUCCCCAACCAAAAAGUCAUGUGCGGUUUCUCCCGCCGCUUCGACGCCUCCUACCGCGACGCCUUCAAGAAGAUGAACGCUGGCCUGAUCGGCACUCCCAGCGUGUUCCGCUCUCAGACCUGCGACAAGCUCGACCCCUCAGGAUUCUUCGUCGAAUAUGCCCAGUUCUCAGGUGGUAUCUUUGUCGACUGCUCCAUCCACGACAUUGAUCUUGCGCUGUGGUUCUACGGCCAGGACUCCGUUGUGAAAUCCGUCACUGCUGUCGGUAUCACUGCCGUCUCCCCAGAGCUGAGAAAGUACAACGAUCGUGACAAUGCGCUCGGUAUUGUCGAGUUCUACGGUGGUAAGAUCGCACAGCUGUACUGUAGCCGGAUGAUGGCUGCUGGACAGGAAGACAGCACCGAGAUCAUUGGUACUCAGGGUAAGCUGGCCGUCAACACCCAGCCCAUCUCCAACCUGGUCAACAUCUACGAGUCGACUGGUAUCCGGCGCGAGAUCCCCCCACACUACUACGGACGCUUCCGGGAGGCUUUCAUCACCGAGGCGAAUGAGUUCACUGCUGCCUGUCUCGAUAACACGGAGUUGCCUGUGCAGCUGGAGGGCGCCGUCGCUGCGGUCCGGAUCGGAGCUGCUCUGCAGGAGAGUCUGAUUUCGGGUAAGAAGAUUGAGUUUGAUGAGCAGGGCAACAGAAUCUAA